CUUUGGCAUUUUUUUGAAGGAAUUGUCAUGGCAGCCAUUGAAGUGUCGUUUUCGGGUCGGGUUUGUCUAAAUGUAAAUUUCCCUCAUCUGAAUUUCACGUUGACAUUCCGAAAAAUAGUAAUAUGUCCCAUCCGGAGAGCAAAGACGAGCACAAAAUUGCAGCGAACGGCGCCCUCGGAGCGUCUAACUCAAAGAAACAAAAAGACACAACGCAUGAGGGCGCCAUUCCGAAGACGUCGAAGGAUUCGUCAGCAUCUACAUCUAAGAAAGUGGAUUUAGCAGUGACAAUGGAAACCUUACAACUGACCCCUAGCAGUUCCGAAGAAACCGUUACCAAACGAGACUGGAUCCGAGUCAAAGACAGUUUGGAGUCAAUUCCGCAGACUUCGGAUAUUAUAUGCUCCAAGUCGACGAGUUGCACAACAUCAAAGGACAAAUGUUAUAUAACCACCGAGUCGCCGCAUUCGGAGUCGCUUAUCGGCAAGGCGAAGAACACACCAGCCAGCUCCGUAUCGAAGGUGUUGCAAUGGGACACCUGGGAGAAGUUAGGCAGAAAGAAUAAGAAAGAAAACAAGCGAAGAAAACCUGAGAAGUGUAACGAACCAAGCUCAUCGACAUCACCGACGAAAGAUAAGGAUACGAACCGAAAGGAUUUUAAAUCUGGCGAUGAAGCACUACGACAACAACUCGAGAGUAUACCUGUGGAAGAAGCAUCUUAUGACGAGUAUGCUUAUCAACCGUACAAGAAGACGAUUAGGUCGGUGGAGUUCACGAAUAAAGUAAUGGUAGUGUAUAUCAACAAAGAAGAUAAAGUAGUGGGCGAAGCCUCGGAACCAUUGAAGAAGGAGCUCGAGCAACAAGUCCGCAACAAGGAGAUGCGGCGAGGACAUAUGCCGGACGUGACGUUUACGCGGCGGAGCAUGAUGAGUGAAUGGUUUAAAAAGUAGAAUGCAAGAAAGUAACUCACCAACAAUCAAGCACCAACAACUGGCAAUCAUUUAAAUUUGGUGGAAGUCAUUCAUUCUCUCCGCGAACUAUUGACACCACGUACGUCUGCAAAAUAUUACUAUUUUUGUCAUUUUUAAAUAAAUUGUUUCAAUUUGAACUUUAAAAACA